AAAAAUGAAGUUUUUUAUAUUUUUUCCAAUAUUACUGGUGGCCUCCGAGCCCCUGAACAUUCUCGUUUAUUCACCUGUUUUUGGUGGGAGCCACAGCAAAUUUAUGGGCAAUAUUGCGGACACACUGACCGAGGCGGGGCAUAAUGUAACAUUUCUCGUCUCCGUUGCUGACGUCACCAGGAGGCACGAAAUCGGUGUGAAGCUCACCAAAAAUGUGAUAAUUGUGGAUAAACCAAAUUUCAGCCAAGAUGACGUGGAAAUUGAUAUGGACGAGGUUUUAAGACCAUUAUGGACCAUUCAAAAUAGGCCAUCUGACUUUGCAACGUGCUUCGAAUUUUUCAUUCAAAUGAUGCAAACAACUUGUGCGGAAUUUACAUCAAACCGAGAAAUUUUCAAAAAACUUUCAAAAACGGAAUUCCACGUGGCAAUUGCGGAACCUGUUUCAAUUUGCGGCCUCGGAUAUUUUGACGCUUUGGGAAUAAAAAAGACAAUUCUCGCAUCGUCAACUACUCAUUAUGAAGGAGUUGUCAGAAAUUCGGGAGAGCCGGUUGAUAUGAGCUAUGUACCUGUGCACGGAGCAUAUUUCGAUGAGAAAAUGGACAUUUUUCAGCGAUACACAAAUUGGGCAUCUGAGCACGUGUUAGCUGGAAAUCUGGAACGAAUGUUCGAUCAGGAAAUGUCUGAAUAUCGCAAGAAUCUGGUUCAAUCAACAGGACACUGGAGAGAUCUUAUUCCGUCUGCGUCUCUCAUGUUCACAAACUCUAAUCCGUAUCUCGAUUUUCCACGUCCAGUACUUCAAAAAACCGUUGGAAUUGGUGGUAUUACUGUAGAUAUGGAACAGAUUAAAAGUGAGAAGCUUCCGGAAAAAAUCAAUAAAUUAUUGGAGAAAAGAGAAUAUAAUAUGUUGAUUUCGUUUGGCUCAAUGGUGAAAUCUUCCACGAUGCCGGAAAAAUGGCGAAACUCGAUUCUAUCUGCAAUUCGCAAUUUUCCAAAUGUAACAUUCAUCUGGAAAUACGAGUCGGACGACUUGAGAUGGGCUGAAAACGUUGAAAAUGUGCAUUUUCUGAAAUGGAUUCCCCAGACGGCUCUUCUAAAUAAUCCACGUGUCAGUGCAUUUCUGACGCACGGAGGUCUUGGAAGUACAAAUGAAUUGGCUUUUAUUGGAAAACCAUCGAUUAUUGUCCCGAUUUUCGGCGAUCAGGGACGUAAUGCUCCGAUGUUGGCUCGGCACGGAGGAGCUCUGGUGCUCCAAAAAUUUGACUUGGAAAAUGCGGAAGUUUUGAUCGAUUUUAUCGGAAAAAUUGUAUUUGAUAAAAGCUACGCAAAAAACGCCAAAACCCUCGCAAAUCUGCUCAACGCAAGUCCUUUCUCACCGAAAGAGCUCGUUGUGAAGAAUACGGAAUUCGUUGGUAAUUUCGGACCACUUACCCAAAUGGAUCCAUAUAUUCGGAAAUUGAACUGGUUCCAAAGAACAUUUGCUGAUAUUUAUUUGAUUUUGUUUUUAGUUUAUGCAAGUAUAAUUGUAAUUCCAAUUUAUGUUAUUCGGAAAGUUUUUAGGCUGAUUUUGUAGUUCAUAAUGUGUUUUAUUGCUUUUGUCGUCUUGUGAAAGAUAAAUAUUUUUAACUGAAUGAAUAAAAAUUGUCGAUU